AUGGCCGACGCCAUCGCCCCGGAGCCCGCUAGCGAUAGACGCCGUCUGCAACUCGUCCCUGUGUGCACGCAAUCUAGGCCGCCUAACGGAUACUACGUCGGCAACAUGAAGCGAAAUGAAACCGACCCCCUUGAACGGAGCUGCAUAGGCGACCAGUAUGGAGACCAGUGCGAAAAGGAAACGGGAUCGACGAUUCCCUGCGGGCUUUGGGGGACAAAAACAAAAGCGGGAGACGCAGCGAAUGAUGUGAGUCGUCAUUCGAAUCCACACCGCAACCCCUGCAAGAUGAAAACGCGCAGUGACUGCGCAACCGCGCAGAUGGAGGGGACGGCAGGACAGAAUCCCGGUCUGGGAGACCAAGAUAGGUAA